UAUCUAUAGGUGUAUUAAUACGAUGUAUGUGGCCUAACUUGGAUAUCCCCUUGAACGUUUCGAAACCUUGACACCCCCAACAUGAUGGCCCGAGUAAGUUUAAAUGUGAGAACUCUUGUGGGACAUCGGGUGGCAGACGACUAGGGCACCCUGGUGGUGGUUUAUAUAUAGGUGUAUCAACAUGUUAUUAAUCAGCUAUGUAUUAGUUAUGUUGUUCUUUCUUGAUCAUAUAUCAUUGUUAAGCCAAAACCAUAGUUUAAUCUUUAGGCUAUUCGAUGUCAAUGCCAUAUACGUUCAGAAACGUUAGUAGACUAGUCGUUUUUGAGAUGACAGCAUUUGAAAAGUUUCGUGGGUUCAAUCUACACUGGCCGCUGGAGUCAAAGAAGAACCUGACUUAUCAGAAAAAUCCUUGGUGAAGGUGGAUCAGUUGGUCCAUUGGUUGUACCACCAUCUGAGUGGGACAAUGGUCAAGUGAUUGGCCCGGGGUCGGUUGAGGUUUCUUGAAUUUCAAUGUUCAGGAGGUCAUUCUUACUUGAAGCAACCUAUGUGGUGGGCCGGGAUGGUGAGCAUGAUCUUAGGCGAGAUAGCUAACUUUGCUGCGUAUGCAUUUGCUCCAGCCAUCCUUGUUACCCCCUUGGGAGCAUUAAGUAUAAUAGUCAGCGCAGUGUUAGCCCAUUAUUUUUUGGACGAAAGGUUGCAUAUUUUUGGUGUGGUUGCAUGUGUACUCUGCUUGGUGGGUUCUACCACCAUUGUGUUGCAUGCUCCACAUGAGACUCAAGUCAGUUCAGUCAAACAAGUGUGGUUCUUCGCAACUGAGCCAGGCUUUUUGGUGUAUGCGGGCAUUGUAAUGGUUAUUGUUGGUGUGCUCAUUUACCGCUAUGUGCCUCUUUAUGGGCAGACUCAUCUAAUCAUAUAUAUCGGGAUCUGCUCUUUUAUGGGCUCCUUAACGGUUAUGUGUGUGAAAGCAGUGGGAAUCGCAAUUAAGCUAUCGUUUUCUGGAAGCAAUCAGUUCAAAUACUUCCAAACAUGGUUUUUCACCCUGCUACUACUUGUUUUCUGUGUUAUGCAACUCAACUAUUUGAACAAGGCAUUAGACACCUUCAAUAUCAAUGUGGUGUCACCGGUAUACUAUGUCAUGUUUACAAGCCUCACCAUUCUGGCUAGCGUGAUCAUGUUUAAGGACUGGGAUGAUCAAAGUGCAACACAAAUAACAACUGAAGUAUGUGGUUUUGUGACAAUUCUUUGCGGGACUUUUCUUCUUCAUAAAACGAAGGAUUUGGAAACUGCAGGUGCAGGCUCACCCAAGACUCCAAAUUCACCAAACACAAACGCAGAUCCAAAUUCUCGAGAGCUAGAACUCCGACAGAUCAAAGUCAGUGAUUGUGGUAGAACAUAGUGGAGCAGAUGUAGCUGAACAGUAGAAUAUCUAGAAAAUCUGUAAAGGGGCUGUGGAAGAUACAAAUUGACUAUAAAUUUUCGUUAGGGAGACUGAAAUUCUUGACUUUAUGGGAAACUAUACUACAUUCUUUUGGAUAGUUGUGCUAAACACAAGAACUGAAAUUUUGUGACCGAAAAGAGGAGGAAAAAGAAUUCAUUCAAUUUACUUUUA